AUGUUCAAAAGAUCUUCAAUAUUUAAAAGUAUAAGCAAUAAUGCUAAAGCAUCACUCACCAAAAAACAAUUGAUCCCAACGACUAAGAGGCAAGUAUGUACCUUUUCAAAAUCAUACGUCUCUCAGCAUUCAACUUCAGUUUUCAAAGUUUCCACAACAACGUUAAAUUUCAAAAGACUUCAGUCAACCAGUGGUUCGCCAAAUCAACCAGAUCCAAACGUAGAUCAAGGAGAAUUAUUAAUUGAAUUUACUUGUAAUGUGUGUGAUACAAGAUCAAAACAUAAUAUGUCUAAACAAGCUUAUGAACAUGGUACAGUUUUAAUUCAAUGUCCUGAAUGUAAAAGUAGACAUUUGAUUGCUGAUAAUUUAGGAUUUAUUAGAGAUGAGAAAUUUAAUUUGAAAGACUACUUAGAAAGUGAAGGUCAACUGAUUGAUACAAAUGUAUUGGAAUUUAAUAAAAUACCUGAAGCAUUAGAACAUAGUACUGGUCAAACUGCUAAUGAAAGUAAACCUAAAGAAGAGAAAAUAUUAGAUUUAGAAGCUCCAUCUGAUGAUAAAGUUGUUAAAGAUACAAAAAAAGAUUAA